AUGUCCGGACUCAAGAACUCGCCCUUUGGCAAGCGGUUGCGUGGAGCAGAUGAAGAGUCUCCCAGGAAAAACCGGUCACGGUUUCAUCCUGCAUUCCCCACGCCAUCAGGAUCUACACCCUCUCUCGACUCGAGGACAGGCUCGAGCGAGGGCGCGACACCGGAGAGUCCCGAGCGCGGCGCGCAUCGCGAUUAUGGAGAUCGGUUUGUACCCUCGCGCGACGCAGGCGACAUGCGGACUACCUACCACCUCAUGGAAAAAGCUACUCCGUCCACACCCCCCAAGAAUCGUAUGAUUCCUACAGAGUCGGACGCGCUUAAAGAACAAGCAAACUCGCUAUUUGGCUCAAUCUUGCACUCGGAAGUCACUCCCGUCUCGCCUCAUCGCGCAGGGUCACCCGUGCGUCAGCCUACUGCGUCAACCUCCAACCUACCUUCCACACCCACUCGCCGUCGUCUCUUUGCCUACAACUCUCCGUCGAGGUCGAACGCAGCCACUCCUUCCAGGCGCUUAGAUGUGCCCACCGAUGAAGCCUACUCGCUGAGUCCAGUCCGUGCGGAAAGCCGACAUCUCCUAGAAAGCCCCCGACGACAGCUCCGGAGCGUAUGCAAAACACCGUAUCGAGUCCUGGACGCCCCAGAACUCGCGGACGAUUUCUACCUCAACCUGGUUGAUUGGUCCAGUACCAACGUCCUCGGAGUAGGCCUGGGUCCUUGCGUAUAUCUCUGGACAGCACACACUGCACAAGUAUCGAAGCUUUGCGAUCUGAACAACUUCCGCGAUACUAUCAGCUCGGUUUCAUGGGUGCAAAAGGGCACUACCCUUGCAGUGGGCACGUUGGCCGGUCGGCUCCACAUCUACGACGCGAACACUCUGCAACUUACUAGAACAUACGAACGAGCCCACACUCAACGUAUUGGUGCUCUUUCAUGGAACUCACACAUACUUAGCUCCGGGUCUCGUGACCGUAUGGUCCACCAUCGCGACGUACGAGAAGCAGGGUCGCGACCGUUCAAACGAUGUCAGGGCCACCGGCAAGAGGUCUGCGGGCUUAGGUGGAGUGGCGAUGGUGGUGCUCAAGCCGCCACAUUGGCGAGCGGCGGGAACGAUAACAAGGUCUGCAUAUGGGAUCUUCGAGGCUCAAAGCGACCAGGCGGGAAACACGGCGAUGCCCCUCUGUGGAAAUUCCACGAACACACCGCCGCCGUCAAGGCUCUCGCUUGGGACCCCCACGUUUCCGGUAUUUUGGCCACCGGUGGAGGGACUGCAGACAAGCAUAUCCGGUUUUGGAACGUCCAGACGGGCACGAUGCUGAACGAGCUGGACACGGGGAGUCAGGUUUGCAAUCUGAUAUGGUCUCUCACCUCGCACGAGAUCGUUUCCACGCACGGAUUCUCGUCUACCACCGCCCAGAACCAAAUCUGCAUCUGGAAGUACCCGUCGCUCGACAUGGUCGCCUCUCUGACAGGCCACACACAUCGUGUGCUCUACUUGGCGAUGAGCCCCGAAGGCGAGACCAUCGUGACCGGGGCUGGUGACGAAACACUUCGCUUCUGGAAUGCGUUCCCGAAGAGAGAGAACCAUCAAGCACGUCAGGAGAGCCGACUGGACUAUGGACGGCUUAUUCGCUGA